AUGUCCGCAAUCCUCAUUAAAUCUGGCCUAGGCCUCGGCGUCCUCGCGGCACCGUUCGCAGUCGCAUACGUCUUCACAGCAGACCAUAGCAGGUACGUCUAUCUACCUUGCUUCCCCUCUCAUCUUGUCCGUACUGACUGUAGUUGUUCCAGUCUGACCUUCGGCACCAAAGCCGCCCACGACGUCGCGGAUCGCUUCUCCAACUUCCACAGCAAAGCGUACGACACGCAUCUUUCGGCCGAGGAGCAGGCACGGAGGAGGAAGGAUAGGCAUGCGAUGGUGCAUGAGCAGAUUCGGAAUGAGUUGUUAUGA